ACAAUGAGUUGCAUAUAGUCGAACCAUAACAAAUCGACAUUUUCUGGGCUAUCCCACUAUCCAAACUCAAUAGAAGCUACGUUUUCAAUAUCGGUCCGAUAAAUCUCUCCCAAUUGGGUCCCGUCUUCAGCUUCCCAAUGACAGCGCGUCUCCAUCAGGAACAUACGACACAUCUAGCGCCUAUGAUCGACUGACAACAAGUCCAUCUCGCUGCAAGUGCCGGCACUACCGGUCCUCGUAUAAUACAGUCAGACUUUCCAAUCUAUUAGGGUUCAAAAUGCGGUCUAUCUUCUUCAAAUUUAAUCAGUCUCACCGCCUCAAGAUUGCUACCCGUCCACGCCGGAUUUGGCCUCUCGCUUCAGUCGCUUCAGUCAGAAUGUAUUCUCAGAGACCCUCAUGGCUGGAAGUAUGUUGCAAUGACGUAAGGCCGACCCCUACGCUGUUUGCAUGGAACCUGUCAAACCUUGCUUCUUACGAUGGUUCUGACCCUUCAACCUCGUCUGCUUCUGGUGAUUCCGACCAGCGGAUCUAUGUCCUAGGAGUAGGUAACUUAGGCCGCCUCUUCGCAAGUUCACUGGCCCAAGCGCCUGACAGGCCCCCAAUCACAUUGGUUGUUCACAGAAAGGAGCUCUUGGAACAAUGGAUCGAGAGUGACGGCAUUGAAAUCUUGCGUCAGGACAAGCUGGAGAAGAACAAAGACUUCGAUAUCGAAUGGUGGACAGAGAAUGAGCCGGAUUUUGGCCCAGUGCGAGAGGUCGCCGACGGCGAAAAGUUAAAGAACCUCAUCGUUUUGACCAAGGCUUCGGCUGCCCUACCACAGGUUGACCGAGUUCGAGGAUACCUGGACCGAAACAGCACUGUGUUAUUCGCUCAAAACGGAAUGUCGAAAUUGUGGCCUCCUCAUGGAUCCUUAUACGUUUCCCAUCGCUAUCAUAGCAACCAUGAGCCCAACUUUUUAGCUUGUGUCACAACACAUGGAGUGACAUCCCAGGGAACAUUCAAAAGUUUUCAUGCCUCCCAAGCUGAUGUUGUCGUCGGAGCGGUUCUCCCGAACUCCAUUUCGCUCGGGAAAACAGCUUACUUAGUCAAGCAGCUACUGGAAGCCCCUUACCUAGAGGCUAGGUCUGUGUCUAGGGGAGAACUUUGGAUUCUGCAAUUGGAAAAGCUCGUCGUUAACGCGGUAAUCAACCCUUUGACAGCUAUUCUGGGGUGCAAAAAUGGAGCUCUAUUCACUGAAUCAGAUGGAGUGCUCGCACGAGUCAUUGACCAGCUUCUAAGCGAAGCAAGUCAAGUGCUCCAACUUCUAGUGGCCCACGAGAGUAGCGCAGAAAUCAUUGGACUGCAGGAAGGACGUCUACCAGACGAGCCUGAGACGACCAUCGAUCUCUCCCUCAAGAGCCUGCAUGAAAGAUUCUCCCAUCCUCAGCUGAAGGACAUGAUCUAUCGAGUGGGUCACAAAGUUGGGGAGAACACAAGCUCCAUGCUGCAAGACGUGCGUGCCGGCAGAUCAACCGAGAUCAGGGACUUCAACGGCUGGCUAGUUGAGAUGGCAGCCUUCCUAGACCCGGGACUAGAGGUUACGGGCCACGGCACCUUGGUCGAGCUGGUGGAGGCUGGCAGAACCCUAGAUGUGGAUCAACUCGGAAGUUGCUUCAACGGUUCCGGGACAGAUGCAGGAAAAUGAUGACAGAGUCAUGGCUAUUGGAGAUCCGGGGACGUGCCCUGCCAUCGGUUGUGGUCAAUCCAACUUCCCUCCGCACAUUGGAUGAGCAUGGGCCAUGAGUGUUGUCCAAAUAGGCACCUGGCAGAUUUUGGCUGACCAGGGUUGUGAUCGGCUCCGGGCCAACGUCUGCAUCCUUGCAAAAGAAGCCAGCACGAGAUAAUGAAUUAACAAGGCUCACAUCCGCAUUGGGGGAUAUGUCCUGUCGCAUUUGACAAGGCGACUGGGAAUUCCCGGAAGUGGCGUGUUUCGUUUCGUUUUGUUUGGCUGCGUUUGUUUCUUCCUCGGUCUCGAUUACCAGGGGUCUAAACUCAACCCAACUUAUAAGACUCAGUGAUAUAGGCCAUAAGACAGGUGGUUAUCGACUCGCGCUAACCCUCUCGAAAACCGCUCUGCCAACCAGAUGAAACAAACGUUUUAAAGCCCAUCUCUCUCGUGGGGCGAAAAAGAAACAUGCAGGCAUCUUAACCAAGUUCAGCGUCGCAAUGCAUCAUCACCAAACACCGCCGUCAUCGACCCAACCUCCCUCUCCUCUCCUCUCCUCUCUAUCCUAUCCAUCUCUGGCCGAUGUGACCUGAAAACUCAGACCGUUAUAGCCCUGGGAUGGGUCAGAAAGUCUCGGUCGACGGGGGGUUGACAAAUCCAUGACCAAGACUGGAAGGGGGUGUUGUGCCCCAAGUUUUAUCACGCAUCGUCAGUGUAGCAACCGGGACUUGAAGCCAGUUUCAGGCCUAGUUUUUCACAGAUCGGGCAGUCUGCUUUAUGAUAUUAUGCAGUACCUACAUCAAGUCAACAACAUCAGCCAGCCAUAAUGCCUCGCUUAGAGACUGCACAUCGGAGAUUUCAAAAGAGAUGUUUCAGCGGCGGUAACCCUCUACGUUCCCCGGCUCUCCGACAUGUAGGUACUGUUGUCUUGCCUGCUUCCUAGCUGUGAUGAGACGUGGCACAGCUGCUGCUCUUUCAUGCUCUCAGCUCUGAGAUGACCUCGAUAGCCGUGGUUCGACACGACCUCAACCCCGGCGCAUGAAGAUCGUCCAAACACAGCAAGCUACACGACUUACAUCUUGUGUUACCUCCUCUCGCCCGCUGUAAGACUGCACUUGGCGUCGUGUGACCGCUCAACGCGUCUCUUACAGACGCGCGCUCGCACAUGCAUACAUACUGUCCCAUUCCUGCUCACCUCACAACACGUCACAAUGAGACACCACGCAGCUCGUCACAGAGCCAGCACGCAUUCGCACCCGCAUAUCUGAAUAACUGUUACUUUUCGUAGCUCCAGCUCAAAAAACGCCAUCGUUUAGCGCCGUGACUCGCAUCCCAUGCGAUGUAAUGCAACAAGUUAAUCAGAACCAGGCGGGUCUCUCUCUCAAAGUCAGGCAAACAGCAAGCAACAUCAACUCAUCCCAUCACAGCCAAGAUCGGGCCUUCUGUACUCUUCUGGUCAUAUAGCCUGUCGACAAAGUAUUAACAUCACGAGGACACCGGUGGGAUGGACUCGACCGCCUUAAAGCCACAGGUGACAUGACACCCAAAGGGCCCUUUGCCCUCCGUUUCAUCGGCUCCAUCCGCUCACUGGCAGCCUUUCUUCAUGGUUGGCCCCCGCCAGUCGGCAACCAUGGCGAUUGUGCCGUACAGCACCGUCUUUGUACAGACAGCUACGUGGCAAGGUCCCGCCUUACCCUACCUAUAUCAUAACUGAUCGCAGCGGCCCCCUAUACAUACAUGCCUACAUCUCAUGGGCAGGGACGAGAUGCAUGGAGUGUGGCAGGGAUUUAAAGCAUAAACACUUUCGUUUCGUCUAGCUCAACUGUGGAGACCGGUUCCGGUGAGACAAAGCAUACAGGGGG